CAAUCAGCAGCCGAGAUUCCUCCCCUUGGUCUUUGAAAUCCAAUGUUUUGAAAAGAGAAGAGAGAAGAGGUGUAUGUGUUUGCUGGCGUGAUUUUACGUGUUUUAUUGAGGAUUGACGGUACUAUAAGCCAUGGCGCUAUAUGAAUUUUCUCAAGAGAAGCUUCUGGGCAAGAAAUACAACGAGUUACUCAAGAUUAGCAAGGCGUUCGGCAUUAAAACUUCCAAGAGAUUGAAGACGGAAAAACUGAUAGAGGCCAUUCUUAAGUGUCAACAAGAGGAAGCAGUUCUGUCCUUGUCCCAGGAUGCGGCAGCUGUGGUGAGUGCCUUGGACGGGGCAUCACACAUCUGCCGGGACACUGAGGCUGCAACGCACUCAAAACACAUCUCCCAGGAAAACGAACUCCUCCUUGAUAUACAGUUUCCAGAUUGUGGGUCCAAGGACUUCCUGGAAUGUCACUCUGAUUCAGCCACAGAUACUUCAGGGGACGCAGUGACAGGGAAGGAGGAGGCAGCUGCGGUGGCCAUUGCAGGGCAAUGCCAGACACACAAGCGGUCAGGCACAUAUGAGGUUGAGGAGAUGGAGGCGGGAAGUGGUGACAGUGUGGGCAAAAAGCUGCAAAGGUCAUCUACAUUUGACCUCUCCACAAGUAAUGAUGCCACCCUCCCCAUUGAUGAGAAGGAGACUGCUGAAAACUCCAAACAAAUGAGUGUUUUGGUGGACAAGAUCACAGUGCGCAGAACACAAAGGAGUGCCCUGCCUCCCAAACUGUCCUUGGCUCAGCACACGCCCAAUAUACAGGGCAUGGGGGAUGACAGCCAGCCAGUCAACAAGGAAGGUUUGUAUGUGUCUUGCAAGCGCCGGCGUUCCCAGACAGAGCCAGUUAUUAAGGAAUCCCUGCCAUCAUCAUCUCGGCAUUCUUGUUUGUCCACCACUUCCUCAGCAAAGAGACGCAGGCAAAGUGUCACAGUGACUCCCUCAGCCCCAGCACCACCUCUCAGGCCCUCCUUGCUUCAGAGGCAGUCGUGUGGCACCCCAUCUAUGGCAGCAGCACUCACUAAGACCACCACCACUGCCACCACCUCCUCCACAACCAAGCCACUGUUCACUAUUGGCCGAGGGGACAAGAAGGAAGCUGUAGAAGGAACUCAGGAUGGCAAACCAGGCAAGGGAGCAUCGGCCAUCCCACGUUUCAUGUCCUACGCCCGUCGCCUGAAGGUACCAAACUUUGCACGCAUCCACGAGCAGGCCUUCCAGCGCAUGGACAGCCUGGAUGAGUAUGUUGGGAAGCGCAGGGCUCGGCAUGACACCCUAGGCAGCACCACCAAGAAGCAGCAGGACAAGGCAGAAGUGUUCCAGCCAAGCAUCACAAGUGUCAAGAAUCUGAACUUCAACUUUGCUGAAGAAUCAGCAGCUGAAUUUCAAGAUGAGACCAAAACAUCCCAAGCUGUGAAUGAGGACAAGACUGCCCCCAACCAUUUACAAGCCAGAGACACAGUGACCAGGAGUGUGAAGAAGGCUGUGAACACCCUGGGAGAUGCCAGGCUGUCAAGAAGACUUACCCAGGAUAUUAAGCCAGCCAAUGUCUUCACUUCCUCAGCUAAGAGAAGUGUGGCAAGAAAAUCAUCAAGACUGUCUUGUAGACCUUCCCUGAAGAGUGCACACAAGAUUUCUCCAAGGGAAGCUCUCAAGACACCCUUAAAUCCAGAAAAGAAACAUCAGGACCAAAAGCAGAGCUAUGAGUUAUCUCCCAAAACAGAGGAUGACACUCUCCCCACAACAGAACAGAAGCUGAGGACAGGUGACAGGGCCAAGGCAUCACCAAGGCUCAGGUGCGGCAAGAAAAACCCCACAGUGACCUUCGCAGCAUUUGGUUCUCACCUGAAGGAAAACUGCAGUCCAGGUCCUGAUGAGGCUGCCAGUCCUGCCUCUGUCCGCAAGAGGAUGCAAGAUUAUUCUAAAAAUCUUGCUGCCUCUGGGAGAUCUUAUGUUCCUUACAAAGGUCCUAUAAAACCUAUCAAACAACGUGACAACCUCAAGAACUUGGCUCAGCGGAAACAUAAUGUGAAAUCUAGCAAAGAGAUCCGUGAAGGCCAGAAGAAUAUCUUGAAAGGAGUGCGACUGAACAAGAGGUUUGAGCUUCAGAUGGCAAACAGAGGCAUCAAGCUGUAGUGUUUGGUAGUUUGGUAAGGCAGAGUCAGGUUUGCAUGUAGAGAUUACUGGAUUCCCACUUCUCAAGGAUAGCAACGUCUCUCUUCAUGCAUAUAGAGAUAGACUUAUAUCGGGAUUAGUUUUAAAUGUUUUUGUUUUCUUUUUGUUACAUUGACAUAACCUGAAAUGUACUGUCACUAUAUUCCAUACCUGUCAGAAAGGUAACAAAAUGGAGGGAAUGAUGGGACUGGUGAUCCUCCUUUUGUAUUUUGAUUCCUUCACUGAGACAGGCUUGAUAUCUUGUCUGGGCUGCCACUGCCUUCCUUUAAAGGGAAUCUGUAUCAUGGCUCUUGUACCUUAAUGUGUUGUCAUGCUGUACCUGCCUAGAUUGAUGCAAGUAGAUGUGUUGUAUUAUUUAAAAGUGUUAUACAGAUAGCAACAGAACUGUUGCAAGUUUUUAUCAGUUCAGGAGUGUCUUCUAGAAUAUUAAUGUAUUUACUAGGGUACCUCCUCCUCAUGGAAAACUUCAGCCAGGUAUAUAGAUAUUUAUUAAGUCUUGUCAGUCUCUUCUUUCCCAAGUGGCUAUCAUUUCAUUGAAAGAUAAUCAGCUGUAAUUUUAUUGUUUUUACUGAGGCUGCAUUUCCUGCCCAUAAUUCUGACAGCUCACAUUUGCUUUCUCUUUUCUUUUUUGCCAGUACAGAAUAAGGCUUGUAUCUUUUUUAGUAUAAUUAAUAUAUUUUUCAAAGUUUUAUAUAUACUGUCAGAAAUAAAUCCAAGGUAUAUAA